AAUCGAAAUCGGUGUAAUCUAUGAAGAACGAAAAUUUUGUUUAUUUUUUUCACAUUUCGUCUUUGAGAUUUCGUUCAAUACAUUCUAAAUUAAAAGGGACUAUCACUGUAUCACACAGGACUUAACAAAUUUAGUAAUAAGUUUACAUAGGUUUGAGUGUCAGAAUGUCGGAAUCAGAAGUGGAAGCUGAUAUAAUAGAAAAUGUUGCAGAAGUCCUGGAUAAUCUAUCGAAAGAACUAGAAGAAUUGUAUAGGUUUCGAAACUUGUUUUUUGAAAAUCAACCAAUUAGUAUGGCUGCAGAAAAAAAUAAGCAAGUUGAGGAAAAGAAAAAUCUACUCCUAGAAAAGUUUGAAUCCAUAGAUGAUGCACAAAUACCAUCAGCAUCGAGAGCCCAGUUCUUGUACCUUAAAGGACGUUGCUAUAAUAUUAGUCCAACAUAUGAUGCAAGAGCUACACAUUGUCUCAGCAAAGCAGUAAAGUGGAAUCCUCACAUGGUGGAUGCUUGGAAUGAACUUGGCGAAUGUUAUUGGAAGAAUAUGAAUGUUAAAGAGGCUAAAGCCAGCUUCGAAGCUGCUUUGAAACAUGAAAGGAAUCGACUCUCACUACGUUGUCUGUCAAUCAUUUUGAGACAAGAAGGUGGUGACAGAAAACGUCCUGAUUCCACCAAUGCGAUUGGCACAAGUGUUGAACUUGCAAAAGAGGCUGUAUCUCAGGACACAAAAGACGGUAUCUCAUGGACAGUAUUAGGGAAUGCUUUAUUAUGCCAGUUCUUUAUGGUCUCCCAAGAUCCAGCAAUUCUGAAAUUAUGCAUGACAGCAUAUAGGCAAGCCUGGGCUGAUCCUGUUGCUAAGGGGCAGCCGGAUUUAUACUACAAUAAGGCUAUUGCCUUGAAAUAUGACGAAAUAUACGAUGAAGCAUUAGAAAACUUUGAAUAUGCGUGUCGUUUGGAUCCCCCGUGGGAACCACCGCAGUUGGAACUCCAAAAGUUAAAACAAUAUUUAAACGAAACAAAUGAAUUAGUACGAACUAAAGGAAAGAUUAAAGUUAAGAAACUGACACAGAUGGUACAGUCGAUAGACGAGAAGAUGCUAGGAAUAUACAGCCCAGAAGGUUUGCACACAUUCGGUGGUCGUCGCAACGUGACCCUAGAGCUGUGUCGGUUGGAAGAUUUGCACGAGGGACUCAAUGAAGGAAAAGUCAUAUUAGGAAGAGUCGUUGGCUCCAUUCACAAUGAAAAUGCUGUGCCUUUUUCGUUCGCAAUCGUUGGUCAGGGCAUGCAGUGCGCCUGCGUCACCGUCUACAACUGGGCCUCGGGUCGGGGAGCCAUCAUUGGAGACUGCGUGACUAUACCGGAACCACUACUGACCGUACACAAACACGCAUCCGAAUUGGCCAGCUACGAGUUCAAGUCGAUCCGCGUCAACAACCCGACGCUGCUGCUGGUGAACGGCAGGCGCGUCGGCCGCGAGCAGUACGCGAGCACGCGCGUCACCAGCACCUACGAGCUGCACUGACGGCUGCACGCGGCCGGCGGCGGACGCCCCCUGCUCUAGUCCGCCGCGCCGCCUCCACUACCACGCACCGCUCCCACUCAACAAUACGAUACGAGGAUAGCGUCCACAGCUGAGAGGGUAGUUGGAUUAUAAGCGACAUUUUUUGGCAAUUUCACAAGAGAAGAGAAAGGGAGAUAGAGGGAGAAAGAGAGAAUCUAUAUCGACGGGCAAAUGGCUAUUUAAUUUAAGCGACAUUUUUGCAAUUUCAUAAGAGAGCCAUUUAGAGAGAGAGGGGGGAGAGAGAGAAUCUAUAUAUUAAUACGUGAAGCAAAAACAUUGUAGCCCUUUUACGAAAAUUGCGUAUGAAAUUUCUCACACUUCUAGAGAAUAUAGAGAGGGAGUGCAGAAUGCUAAUAUUUUUUUUAACUUGAGCUUAAAAAUACAUUAAAUCAAUAAAAGAAACAUGACACACUACCGUGUAUUUGACACACAAACACACACACACUCACGCAUAUAUACUCUUCGUUUAAUGUCAAACUUUUGUUAUUGUUUAAAGUCUGUGGUCAAAUUGAGAAUACUUUAAUAUUGUUUGUCAUAAUUAUUAUUUGUCUAAAGAGUAGUCUUGGCGACAUCUGUGAUUAUAGGAAGUAACUAAUAGUCUUUGACAAUAGAACCAUAAUAAUGUUCAAAGUUAUAAUUUCAAUAAAUAAUAGUCGAAUUUUGACUACCGGGGCAUCACUAGUAAGUACACUUUGUUGAUUACCAAAACACAAUGAAAGUAUGCUUAAUACUAAAUAAAAAACACUUUUAAAUACAAAGAUAAAUGUCGCUUAAAGCAAACCGCCUUUCACCCCUCGAUAUGGUUUCCCCGUUCACUUUUUUCUAUAAUAUAAGUCCUAUAAACUUUGACACAAAACGUAAAAGUAAUGUUUAUUUAACUUGUAAUUAUAAGAGGUAAGGAGCGCCAUCUUGUACACGGGACAAGUUGAAAAAGCGUCCGCUUGUGAAUAGUGAAUUAUUAUUGGAAGUAUCGCCGAAAUAGCGCUAGUGUAGAAAGUGGAAAUUAUAUGAAUGUAGCAGUUUUAAACGGAGUGAGGUGUGAUAUUUUACGGUGCUGUUAUUUAAGUCUUUCCACUUGCUACUGUGGCGCCAUCUUAAUUAGCUUAGCGGACACUUUUUACUUUUACCCUCCGUUCUUGUAAUGACUUAGAGGUCGGAGUAUAUUGAUUUAAGGUCUUUGACCUCAAACGUAGUUACAUUAUCUCAUAAAUAUAGAAAUUGUAUCCGAUGAGGAUUAAAAAUAUAAAUUUUUUUCAAUUUAAAAAAAUUAUCAUUUUGAAUAAAAUGGCAUGUCCGUAUUGUAAUAUGUUGACGCAAGUAUAUAAAAUCAAUCUACCUACUCCGACCACUGGUAAUGACCCUUCGAGGAACGGACGACGUAACAAUAAAGGUGUCGAUCUAUUGAUGUUCUAACGUUCUAAUGCUUAAUUAAUUCAGCGAAUAUAUAGCACGAAUUGUGCAGUAAAGAUUUAGCUAUCCGCAAAAAAGAUUAGUUAAUAUAUAUAAUAAUAUAAAUAAACGUCAAAGACUGUACAGUACCCGGCGAUAAAUAUUGCACAUCGCACCUUUGGAAAGAGACAGUCGGCUGAUUUCAACUUUGUAGUUUUCUGUCUCUGUCUGUAAAUACAGAUAUUUAUUUAUGGAUCCGAGAGUGACACAACUCUUUGUAUCCCGGGAAAAUGCUUCGUGUGUCAUUCUCCCUAACUUAGAAAUUUCACUAAGGCGAACCUGCGGGGCGCCUCUUGUAGAUAAUAAGUGCACUUGGUGUCUAAGAAUAUUGAGCUUCUGUACAAUAUAUUAUAACUUUGGUUUGAUCGUGCCCUCGGCCUGGUGGGAAUGGUCCGUGGCUACAGUACCCUGGGGUCCGGGUUAGACCCCCUACCAGAGUGUGUAUCUUUGUUAAAGAUGUUAAUCGUUCGAGGUCUAUGUACUUGUAUGAGUUCUGGUAACCUUACCACGGAAAAGAAUUCUAUGUUGAAUUUGGUAGAGAAAAAAAAAGAACGUUUAGAAAAAUCGAUACAAUCGAAUCGAUAUAUGGUGUUAUCGAUAUGCUAUCGUACGGUUACUAAGCGAAGACUGAAAUAAAGUGUGAACGUGUGCUUUUAAUUAUAAUUGAUGUUAUAUUUAAACGUAAUUCAUGUAUUAAAUAUAUUAUUUAAAUAUUUUUUGAGAGAGUGUUUCCAAAAUUAAAAUUAAACAAUAAUGUUGCCAAAUCGCAUAUUUUAUAAAAGUUUGAAAAUAUUAUUCCCGCCCUAAAGGCAUUCGGUGUUACCGUAUUUUCCUAUUUAUUUUAAUGAGUAGGACAUGUGAUGUAUAAAAUUUUUGGUUCGUUUGAAAGUGAACUAAAUAAUACAAAUGCUUAAAAUGUGAAAUUAUUAUUUACACGAUUGAAACACUUUAAAAAAAACCGAUUAAUUCCUAUACGAUAAUUAUUUUUAAUCAAUUAGUAUUAAUGCUAUUUAAAAAUAUAUGUAAUAACUCUGUUAAUAUACUUUUAAACAAUAAUAGAAUUGAAAUUUCUCUUUUUCGAAUUCCAACCAUUUAAACUCGAUCUGGUUGCAUCCAAGCAAAGCAAUGCGAUAUAAAUAUUCCGUAAACCGUGAAUUUCACGUACUCUGUGUAAGUUUUUUUAUUAAUAAUAAUUAAAACACAUUGAAUUAAAUGUGAUUAAGAAUAGUAAAAUUAUAAAAAAAAAACCUUUGAAUGUUUCAUGAAUACUGAAGUACCUAUUUGUAAUUAAAAUAACGAAUUUGUAAUGAAAAUUAGCGAUUAAAUCGCUCAUUAAAGAAUUUACAUGACAACUGUAAGUCGUAGAUAAUAAAAUAAUAAAAACCA